AAUGGUGGCCAGGUCAUUCAUAGUGGUGUUCUGUCUGAUGACACUGAAGCUGGUAAAGGCUGACAUUGAUGUUGUAAGGGUUGCUGCUGCCGCAUAUGAAGCUCUAGGCCCUGAUUUGCAUAAAAUAGAGGAAGAUAUAGGUCGUAUGAAGAGUGAGAUAUUUGCAGAAAUGGACAAGCACAUUGCACAGAGUGUCAAGGCUGCAGUUGGAACAACUCUUCAAGAUCUAGCACCGACCCUGCUUUCACGGAUACAUUCCGCUGGAUAUAAUCCUUGUUUUCCUGCCUCCUCCUGCAAGGAGAUCCUCCAGUUGGCCCCAAAGUCUCCCUCAGGUCUUUACUGGAUAAGGGGAACUAAUAAUAGCUCCCAACAUAUGUAUUGUGAUAUGGACAGGAGCUGCAAAAAUGGAACUGGAGGAUGGAUGAGGGUAGCCUAUAUCGACAUGCAUAACACUAACAGUACUUGCCCUUCUGGUCUAAGGACCCUCCUCAUCAGUUCUCUCAGACUGUGCGCUAUGAACAUUGAUGGUGCCGGAUGUUCCUCGACUUUUUUCCCAGUAAACGGAAUAGAGUAUUCUCAAGUAUGCGGCAAGAUCAUUGGAUACCAGCAAAAAACUCCGGAUGCUUUUGCCAGUGGCCACAACACAACUGACACUAAUUAUGUUGACGGUAUAAGCAUAACGCAUGGAGAGUCCCCCAGAAAACACAUAUGGACAUUUGCUGCAGCUGUCCAUGAGCAUAAUUCAAAUCCAACUGAUGUGUGUCCAUGUACUAACACACGUAACACUCCACCACCCCCUUCAGUUCCUCCUUUUGUGGCAAACGAUUACUUCUGUGACACUGGGAAUCCAAACCGUUUCGAGUUUACCUUUUUUAGAGAUGAUCCUCUCUGGGAUGGUGCUGGAUGUGGAGAGUACAACACCUGCUGUGACUGGAACUCUCCACCAUGGUUCAGGAAAGAGAUAUCUCCCCCAACACGUGAUGACAUCGAGAUAAGGCUGUGUGCUGACCAAGCUCGAAAUGAUGAAGAUAUCAACUUUGAGAAAUUGGAAUUAUAUGUACAGUAAAGUAUCACGAGACAAUUAAUGUCAGUAAUGGCAAGUAUGUGUAUGAAAAAUGCCUAAGCUUAUAGCUGCAUGUUAGACACUCUGCACGUGCACACUCAUUUGGUCUCUUUACACACCCUGGUAUUAU